AUGCGCCCCACACCGGACCUCCACCGCACCCCCAGCCCCAGCCCCACCCCCACCCUCCCCCCCCGCCACCGCUCCUUCUCCGAGCCAGGCAAUCCCCCCCUCACACCCGGCGACCACGCCGACCUCGAGGCCCUCCACCGCACCCUCGACACCCUCCUCUCCCCCACCACCAAGCCCACCACCGUCACCGAGGUCCUCACAACCUUCCGCCAGCACCUCGACACCCCGCACUACCUCCUCCCCACCGCCCUGCACCAGCGCACAUCAACCCUCGCCCGCAAGCUCCGCACCACCGCCGCCGCCCUCGCCCACGCAAACCGCGUCAACACCCGCCUCGCGCACCUCCACGCCACGCUCCAGGCAGCGGCCCCCGCCCCCGCCCCCGCCCCCCACUCCCAGCGGCAGCGCCACGUGCUGCGCGCAACGGCGUCCGUGCGCCGCAGGCCGCUCGUGCAGCGGCUGGCCGAGGUGCUCGGCGGGCGCGAGCAGUACGAGAAUGUUGUUGAUGCGGGGGUGCUGGCGGUGAUUGUGCGGCUGGGGAAGACGGCGGACCGGGAGGCGGGGGUGCUGGAGGGGCGGCUGCGGCUGGUGAGGGGUUUGCUGGACGGGUUUUGGGGGCCGAAGGAGCAGGCGAAGGGGGAGGUGCUGUGGGGCGUGUUUGUGGCGGAGGCGAGGGUGAGGGUUGAGGCGGUGAAUUUGUGGGCGGUGGAGGAGGCGAAUAGGGUUUGGGUGAUGAGGGCGGUGGGGAGGAGGAUUGUGGGUGGGUGGGUGUAG